CAAAAACAAGAGAAACAACAAUGGCGAAAUGGUGGAAAAUAGGAUUGAUAGUAGCCGUAAUAGCAAUUUUAAGGCAAUUAAGCAAGCAAUACGGAUGGGACAAAGACGCCACCAUCAAAUUUCUGGGCGAGUGGUCCGAUCAACUCGGCGUUUGGGCGAUGCCAGCUUUUGUUGGACUUCACACUCUCACUAUCGCCCUUUGUUUGCCUUACGCCGUCUUCUUUGAGGCAGCUGCUUCUCUUCUUUUCGGGUUCUUCCCAGCUGUGCUUUGUGUCUUCUCAGCUAAGCUUCUUGGAGCUUCUCUCUCAUUCUGGAUCGGCAGGCUAAUUUUCAGGAGUUCAACAUCAGCAAUGAAUUGGGUUCAGAGUAACAAAUACUUCCAUAUUCUUUUAAGAGGAGUUGAACGAGAUGGUUGGAAAUUUGUCCUUCUUGCUCGCUUCUCACCCAUGCCCUCAUAUCUCAUAAACUAUGCCUUAGCUGCCACCAAAGUUGGUUUCGUGGUGGAUUUUCUGCUCCCUACAGUUAUUGGCUGUCUGCCAAUGAUCUUACAGAACACGUCUAUUGGCAGCCUCGCCGGUGCUGCUGUUGCUUCAGCAUCUGGCUCAAAAAAAUCUCAGGUCUGGACUUACCUCUUUCCCCUACUCGGGAUUGUAUCAAGCAUUGCAAUUUCUUUGCGGAUCAAAAAGUACUCUACCGAUAUCACAGUAACCGAACUCUCUAGUGAGUCAGGUCCUGACACUAAAAAAAAUGUAGACUCUUCUCAUUCCUCCAAAGGUGAAAAAGGAAAGGGUAUGAAAAUAAGUCAAUAA